AACAUCUUGACAUAUAUGGUACAUAUGCGAAGGAAUAUCAUACAACACCACCUCCAUGAUCUAAGAUGCUUUUAGGGGAUAUCGGGUGGUGUCCUCCUCGUUGUCGGAUGACGAUGUAACAGUCGUAGUGUGUUCCGUACUCUUCUUCGCUGCCUUCUUCAUAGCUGUAUUCACACAAUAUCGAGCUGAGGCCUCAGUCUGUCGAGUAAUCUUUCGAUGUUGGACGACAAAUAGGAAUUGGACAAUUCGACACUACGACAUUAGGGAUGAUCCAGAGAUGCUAGCCUAUCGACAAGCGCGUGGCGUAGUUGACCCCGUUGUAAAGAUAGGACGACCAGAUGGGACAGCCAAGGUUGAAAACCGACUGUCAAUUGCCAAUCGACAACUGCCAAUAACUGUCAUGGAAACGCGAUGA